GUUCAACCUCUCGUCACCAAGGUUUGUCCCCUCACGAGACAUGGAAAACGGCGGCCACUGCCGCUCUUCCACCGCAUUCGAUGCCGAUAUCUUGUUUGCUUGCGGCGGAGCCCCUGCCAUUGGUGGUGUGCUGCCCCCCGCAGCACAUUGUAUCAUUCUGCAGAAACCCUCGCCAUCCCAUACGUACUCUGCCUGGCUGGGCGCAGCUCUCUAUCUGCGCAUCGAGCAGCACAGGAACGAGGGGCGCGCUGCCUGCCUCUCUCUGUCUCCAGGUCCUAGCCCACCCCGACAGCGUCCCUUCUCUUCGGCGGGCUCUUCUGCCGGCGUGCAACACCAAAGCUCUUUAUCCCAACCAUCGCCAGCCUUUGCACAACUCCAGCCUGCCUCGUCGUCGACCAUGUCAGGCGGCCCAAGCUCGCUGCUAGACCCGCCUAGCGCUGCCUCGACGGCGAAUUGCGGGCUUUGGUGGGCGCCGAUCCCCGUUUAGGGCUCGAGACCCUUGCGCGCCCAGCAUGGCAUGAGCAUGGGUCCAGUCGUGCCAAACUGCCCGCCAUCACGAGAGCGGCCUCCGUCUGGUCUAGCUGACGCCUGCGGAC